CUCAGCCGAACCUUCGACUUUUGCUUGAUUAGGUAUCAGCGUAGACAUGUGUCCCGACAUGUCGCAGACGAUGUGGCCUCGCUGGCCGAGGUAGACAUGAUGAGACAUCCAUUUCAAGGUACUGUUCACACGUACCAGGCGAACGGCCUGCGUUCUGUUUUAGGCACAGAGAGGCCGGAUUAGGCCGAGGCACGGGAAGACAUACUCAAAUGGACACUACCCGUCUCAGAUGAUUGUGUUAUGGUUUUCGACCAACGCGAGUCUUGUAUACAAUGUUACUGUUCUAUAUGAGUUUCGGUUGUUUUCGGACCUCUUCAUUGGAGCCCUUUGUUUCUGUCCUGAACGUGUUAGAAGGAAACAAGUAGGCGGCGCCAACAUGAGUUCUUCAAGUUUCGAAUCAGCAAUCAGCAAGGCUGUUGAAGAAAGCAUCGUCUCUGGCGCAUCAUGUGUGGCUGGCCGAAAGGAUGGUGCUGUGUUCUAUCAGGAGGCUUUUGGUAAGGUAGGUGCAGAGCCGGAUGCAGGUCCGAUGAAGUUGGAUACCGUCAUGUGGACGGCGAGUUGUACAAAGCUCCUCACCUCGAUCUCAGCUAUGCAGUGCGUCGAAAAGGGUCUGUUGGAGCUCGAAGCACCCAUCACCAAGAUUCUGACCGACUUCGAGCAUCCCAACAUAUUGAUCGGCUUUGAUGAUGCCGGAAAAGCUAAAUUACGAAAAGUCGGUUCCAGCAAGCAGAUCACCCUCCGACAUCUCUUGACGCAUACCUCUGGAUUCGGGUACAUCGGCAUGAAUCAGGACCUGACACGUUUCGCAGCAGAGGUCUUCAGCGAGCCCGCAGCCUUUACGCUGGACUCGCCCAAGUAUAGCUGCGCAGUUCCUCUGAUUGCGGAGCCGGGCGAGAAAUGGGAAUACGGGAUCGGACUCGAGUGGGCUGGGAAGAUGGUCGAACGGGUCAGCGGCAAGAAGCUCGGCGAGUACAUGCGCGAGAACAUCUUUGACGUUCUCGGGAUGGCUUCCACCACGUUCCGGCCCUGGGAUCAUCCAGUAACCAUGGCUCGUAUGGGCGGCCGGACCUGGCGAGAUCACGCAACAGGGAAAGUCACCAUUGACCGGAGCGGCUGGUUUUCAGAGUCAGAGCGUCCCACAGAAGAUUAUGGCGGCGGUGGUGCCUAUAGCUGUGCCACUGACUAUGUCAAAGUUCUCAUGUCGUUGCUCAUGGACGACGGAAAAUUGUUGAAGUCCGAAACAGUGAAUGAGUUUUUCAAGCCUCAGGUCAAGGACGCAACGUCACUGCAGAAGGAGUUGACUACAGGGCCGAUUUCUAUCGGCGCCACCAAUGGGCUGCCCAAGGAGGAUUGCAAGUUCAACUAUGCGCUCGGAGGUGCCCUAUGCACGAACGGUAUCGAGGGGCAUUGUGGCCGCGGUAUGAUGUUCUGGAGUGGGCUGCCAAACUCGUUCUGGUUCAUCGACAGGGAAGCAGGAUGCUGUGGAAUGUACCUCUCACAUAUCUUCCCGCCAGGGGAUGGCCCGACACAAACGCUCAAUGCCGAAUUUCAACGGUUUGUGUAUUCAACGUCAGUUUCAGCUUGAAAGGGCCGAGUAAGUACUACACAAGUCAAUGAGACACAUAUACUCAUUUCCAGGCAAGUCAGACGGACCAUGGAUAAAAACUGUAUACGUCAUGUUAUAUAGCGCCGGACAUCCUGCUAUGUAGUUGAC